AUGAAUCUGCUCUUCUGCGUGAAGGCUUGGCUGCUGAAAAUAAAAAGGUCGAUGUACCUGGGGUUGAAUACUGAUAGUCGUAUUGCAGCAAUUAAUCAUAAAAAUGGUUGUGACGAGGAGUCGGUGUAUCAUGACCGGUGCCCUGAGGAACGUACGGGAACGGGAAAGGAUGCGAGAUUGAGGAGACAGCAGGCCGAACGUCGCCAGCAGAAACGGGCUAACGGGGUAGGCCACUUGUCACUUGUCCGUGUGGGCGGACUAGUGGAGGAAAAGUGGAGGACCCUGGUGACCCAAGAGCCCGGGUCCCCGAUGUGCCGCGGACCUAUCGUAGCAUUGAAGAUACGUUCUGUACCUAUUAAGUGCGCCGGAGCCCUACUCCGUCAUCUUGAAGACUCCUCGCAUAAAAUAUUGUCUUUCAAACAGGCCUGUCGCGGGGACAAGCGGGGCUGGGAAAAAGUGGCAAGCAGCAGGAUUGGUCAGGUUGAGGAUCUCAGGGGCCAGAGGCCGGAAAAACAAUAUAGCGAGGUUUGGCGUUUGGCUGAAGCGGGCAUCAACCUUGUAACGGCCAAGAGACGUCGUAUUAGCGACGAUUCUGUCCAUCAGCUACUAAUGGAUGUGGUCACCAAGGCGCUCGACGCCAACGUCUCCACCAUGAGCGAGAUCUUUGAUUUCUUGCCCGUCCCCACUCUUAUCGUCUCACCAUCGUAUUGCAUACAGAGAGCCUCGGCUGGCUUGCUGGAGGCGUGGGGUCGCAGGCAUGAAGAACUUAUCGAUCAAGACCUCUUCAUUGCCCUCUACCAGGGCUCGCCGACCGAAAGAUUCGAUCGUAUUCCCUUCGUCUACGCCAUUGAGACUGCUCUUGCGGCUCGAGCUCUCCGUCUGUGCUAUGCGGCCUAUAUUGCAAACGGUAUUUCUUGGACAGCGCGUAUUAUACCUGUCCACAAAGAUGACGAACUGCUGUGCCUGAUGUUGGAAUGGGAGAAGGCCGAACUUCACAUCACAGUUGCCGAUGGUGGAAUGACACAGAGCUGGCUGCCUAUCGAUGAUGCCUUCCGCAUCCUCGUCCAAGCUGUCAAAGAUUAUGCCAUCUUCCUGCUCGAUACUCGCGGAAACGUGAUGACUUGGAAUACUGGAGCAGAGUUAAACAAGGGUUAUAAGAAGGAAGAAAUCAUCGGUAAGCACUUCUCGACUUUCUAUGGCGAGGAAGAUAUCCGGUCUAGGAAGCCCGAAAGAGAACUCGAGAUUUGCUUGCGUGAAGGUAGGGUGGAAGAUGAGGGUUGGCGCUACCGUAAGGAUGGCAGCCGGUUCUGGGCUAACGUCGUUAUCACGGCCAUAUAUAAGAACGACAUCCACGUCGGCUUCGGCAAGGUCACCCGGGAUCUCACUGAGCGAAAAGAGGCAGAACUGCAGCUAAUUGCUGCUUACGAGGAGAGCACGAAGUUGAAGAAUGAUUUUCUAGCAAACAUCAGUCACGAGAUCCGUACGCCAAUGCAUGGUGUGCUUUCUGCUUGCUCCCUGCUUCUGGAUAGCCGCCUAACAGAGGAGCAGCGGGAGACGGCCAAAAUGAUUGAAGAGUCUGGCCAUGUUCUGUUGCGGAUUAUCAAUGAUAUCCUCGACUACUCCAAAAUUGCGGCAGGCAGUUUUUCCAUCAAGAAUGACAAGGUUGAUAUCGCUAGUGUGGUCACAUCGGCCGUGCAUUCUGUGCAGACCACUGUGCAACCGGGAGUGUCGCUGAGACUGGUCUUGUCACCAAACUUGCCAAAAUGGGCAGAAGGGGAUCCUUUGAGGUGCCGCCAAGUUAUUGAGAAUAUUGUCAGUAAUGCCGUGAAGUUUACCGAACAGGGGUACAUUAUGGUGAGCGUAUCGCUGCUUGCGGAAGACGUGGCCACCCAUACAAUCCUGAUUGAGGUCUACGACACUGGACAUGGUGUGACGGAAGAUGACGCCCAGAAACUGUUCAAGCCAUUCACGCAGCUUGAUACUCCGUAUCAGAAGCGUCGCCAAGGAACUGGGCUCGGACUGUCCAUCGCAAAAUCAAUCGCUGAGCUGUUGGGGCAGCAUCUUUUGGUUCUCAGUCAAGCUUAA